GAACGUGUGGUUGUCGUCGUGAUCAUACUCACGGUAUGAAAGCUGUCUGAUCGUACUCUGGUACAAAAAGGUCAGUCUCGCUGAUCAAGGCUUUCCGACCCCCACUGGAUUUUUUGGCCAAAGGGAGAAGAAUGACUCCCCCUCACACUCGCUUCAAAUUCUUAUCUCACAAUCGUUUGUCACGCCGUUCCCGCCAUUUGUUCAACCGUGCUGAGCCUCAGCACACUUCAAUAGAGACUGUAAUUCCUGUACAUGAGGAUGGUCUCGGUUCGUUAGAUCGAACACGGAAUACCAGUGUGGAUGGGCUCAACCAAGGUCCCAAGCCGCCUGAAGAGCCCGAGAUCGACCGUAUAGACUGCAUUUCGUCGAGCAGUGCCCAUCUCUCCGAUGAGCAGGCCACUUCAACGAUAUCACCUUUUGAAGCUGGGGAUCUUUUGACUGGAUCACCACGAGAUGUUAAGGAAGGUCACAUUGCUCGACAGCAAGUGAUGAUUUCCACAAGCAUCAUUUACGAGACGACAUUCUAUAUGAGCGUCGAUCAGGCUGUCAGCACUGCACCGUCCACAUCUGAAUCUCCUACCAAUACAUCUCCUACCCCUGCAUCUCCUACCCCUACAUCUCCUACCCCUUCAUUUUCUUACUCUACUACGGCAUCCACCAGCAGUAGUUUUCAAUGUGAUGGAGGUUGUUCCCUGUCCACGACCACCCUUCAGACGUCUGCUCAGCAGUCCACUCCUACACCAAACUCGUACACUACAUACCCAACAUUCUCAACUCCCAGUGGUGCUACAGUCGCCCCGACUUCUGAUACAUCCGCAACGACAACGACGACCUCGCUUCAGCCUGUCCUGGCAUCUGGCACAGUUUUGUCGAGCAGCACUGUUAUGGUUUCGAGCCCUCUGGCUCAACCAACGUCAGUUCCUGACACCAAUUCAGACCCUCAAUCAUCUCCGCACGCGGCUGCCAUCGUAGGAGGGGCUAUCGGAGCAGUCGCUCUUUUAGCUCUUCUGAUUUUUAUUGUGAUAUGGCAUCGCAGGAAAAGACGGCUCUCUGUGACACCUUUCACCCUCCCCUCAAUUACAGGAACAGCACAGAUCGGGUCAGGGGUCUGUCUCAAGUCCCAGAGCAUAGGCGAUGCCGUUCGUCAAAGCAGCAGAAGUCCAUCGUUCAUUCAAUAUUCUGACGCAGGCCUCAUGGAGCGAUCUGGCGACAGAUACUUGUCCUUUAUCACAGAUUCCGUAUCAUCUCACUUGCCCGACGACGACGACGACCCAUUUGCAUCCGUCAUCGUCCUGCGUCAACAGUCCAACGGGCUAGAAAAACUGUACCCAUCUCCAUCUCGCGCCCGCAUAUCUGAUCAUUAUCGCCAUUCCAAUGUAGAAAACUGGGUCAACCAAGUUGUUCUAGAGGAUUGUUCGCGAGAACCAAGCGAAGUGUUACCAGCGUAUCGUUCAACGAAAUCUUUGAAGAGCGGGGAAGCAUGAUCAUUAUGUCCCUCCCGGUUCUUGCCCUCCCUUCUCAUAAUCAUCGGUCGCC